UAAUAUGUUUACUAUAAGAUUUCCUGAAUUUUCCCCAAAGUUUGUUUUUACAAUUUUGAGCAGCACAGAUACAGUUUCUCGUCAAUUACCCCUAUUUUAUCUGUAUAUAAAACCAGCCAACGAAAGCGCUAUUAACUUUCUACAGAUGGGCUUUUCAGCCGUAAGCCUAUUAAUCUUAAGCAUUUCAUGGAUUAUUUUAUACAUUUGGAUUAAAUGGCGGAAAUCGAAGUUAAAAUUAUUUGAAAAUCUAGGAAUACCAGGUCCAACUCCUCAUUUCUUAUAUGGGAACAUAUUGGAAUUAAAUCAAAAGGGACCUCGACAAUGCCAUGUAGAUUGGAUAGCAAAAUAUGGAAAAAUCGUUGGAUUCUACCAUGGGAUGAAACCGGUUUUACUGGUUGCGGAUGCUGAUUUGUUAAAGAAGAUUUUCAUAAAAGACUUCACCCUAUUCUGUAAUCGACCUGAAGGUGUACCGUUGAGAGUUCAUAGUUUCCUGGAUUACACUAUCCCAGCUUCGGCAAUAAUGGACAAUUUGUUGAUAAACUUAAAAGGAGAACAUUGGAAAAAUGUGAGAUCUAUUCUGUCAUCAACCUUCUCAGCAAAUAAACUCAAAGGGAUGAUUCCUGCAGUCAAUCAAGUCUGUGAUAGCGCAAUUUCCAUAUUAGAAGAAAAAUCUCGGAAGGAAGAGGUGAUUGAUAUUCUAAACAUUUUACAGAGGCUUACACUGGACAUCAUUUCUGCCCAAGCUUUCGCGAUGAAUAUUGACAGUCUCAAUGACCCUGACGACCCUUUGUUGAGAAGCGCCAAAGUUAUAUUCGAUCUGCCAUUUUCAUCAAAGAUCCUAUUUUUUGGAUAUAUUUUCCCUGAGCUUGGAAUUCUUGCAAUGGCAAUUAAUUUUCUCUCUAUGUUCAUCAGAAAUAAAGGAAAUAUACCACCGCUAAAAAUAACAAAGGCACUGGAUAUUAUAAUUAAACAAAGAAGAAAUAAUCCUAACUUAAAGAAACCAGAUCUUCUGCAGUGGUUAAUAGAUGCUUCUGAUUCUGAAAUGGACUCACAGAAGAGCAAAUUAAGUAGAAAUGGAGAUAAAUUAUCGAAGCCAUCCGUACUGAGAAGGAAGAAGCAAUUUCUAACAGAUACUGAAAUCAAAUCAAAUUCAUUGGUUGUGUUUUUAGCAGGAUUAGAAACUACAAGUUCGAGUCUUGCAUUUGCAUUCUACUUUUUGGCAAAAUAUCCAGAUUUCCAGAAGAAAAUUCAAGAAGAAAUUGAUCUGCUUCUAGAAAAAGAGGAUCAACUAGAUUAUUACAAUGUAGGGCACUUCCAGCCAAUGGAACGCUUUCUCAUGGAAUCAAUGCGAUUUUAUCCACCUGCUGUAAAUUCCGUCAGUCGAGUAUCCGUAGCCGAAGUGGAUUUCGGACAUAUACGCAUUCCAAAAGGAUUGGAAAUACAUAUCCCUGUGGAAUAUAUACACCAUAGCAAUGACUUUUGGGAGCGACCAGAAGAAUUUGAUCCAGACAGAUUCUUGCCAGGAAGUACAGCAAAACGCCACUCAUGUAGUUACAUGGCGUUCGGCGUAGGUCCCAGAAGUUGCAUCGGACAAAGAUUAGUGAACAUAACGGCAAAAAUUAUCCUUGCAAAGAUAUUGCACAAAUUUACAAUAGAGUUGGCGGAACCGCAAAAACAGCUGGAAUGCGUUGUAAAAGUUCUCACGAUGGUUCCCAAUCAAGUUCUAGUGAUGUUGAAGCCAAGACUGGUUUCAAAAUAAGUUAGAUAUUUGUAUAAUUAUUUCACCAGACUCAUUUCUGUUUGAAAUACUUGCAUUUGCUAUAAUAUGUGUUUGUUUUGUUGUGAGUUUUAAGUUAAAAAAAAUACCAUGUAACACAAAUUUCUUUUAUAAAAAUUAAAACAACAAUACAUAUUUCUGUAUGUGAUGCUGAUAUAACAUUU